AUGUCCAGUGAAGUGCACGAGGACCGCCUCGAGAGACGUCUUCGCAGCCUUGAAUCCAGACUCGCUGCCUUGGAACGCUCGAAAGCAACUCCUGCAAUUGAGGAUGCGACUAUCCUAGAUGUCUCAUCUGCUGGACCUCUCCCGACCGAUGAGAGUUCUCUUUUUGAAGGCGAUCCCUCGUUCACAAACCAGUCUUUCCAAGCUAGUGAGAGUGCGCGAAGGGCAGCGGUCUCCACCUGUAGCGGUGAUAAUUCAGCUAUCGACCAUUCGUUCCAUCAACUGCAGAAAAGUCUCCGCGCCUCACAAGGUCUAUUAAGAAAUGAUUUCUAUUUUCGCAAAUCAACUUCACAGGCCGUCCCGACAUCCCCACCUCUGCCUGUUAAUCUAGUCGCUUGUGUUCUGCGAAGAAUGAGAGACCGCCGUCCCAUUUUUCUUUCCUCCUAUGCCAUCAGUGAUCUAUCAUUGGUAGAAAACCUAUGUCAAAAGGUCUACUCUACCUCUGACUUAGCAUCCGUCGGCGAGAUUGCUAGCAUGCAUGGAGUCCUUUUCUUUGUUCUGAAGGAGCUUAUAGCAAUGAAAGAUCAGCUCUGUCAGAAGUUCGAUCUCGCUGCUCAUCUGAGUCAUUGUGAGCAAAAUUUUGUCGAUGCGAUUGAAAGCUACGAAGUCCUUGCUGUCCCAAGCUUCGAAAGUAUCCUUGCACUGACUAUGGGUAUGGUCAAGUCCCAGGGAGAGGCAAAACCCCACUUAUACUGGAAGCUCGCUGCUGCCGCUGUCUCCCAUUGUGAAUCACUCGGGUAUCACCGUGAAUCGACUUAUCAACGCUUCUCAUCUAGUAAAGCAGAGAGCAUUCGACGGCUGUUUUGGACAGUAUACACCUUUGAUAAAAACAUGUCUCUUGUGCUAGGUCGUGCCUCUAAUAUGCAGUCUUUCGGGAUUGACUCACAAUACCCAACUAUUUCGAUGGAUUUAGCUCUCAGGGCGUGGGACGAGUCUUUCAUUAUGGGGAUAAGGCUAGCCGAGCUUCAGGGUCGGAUUUUCGCUGGUCUUUACUCAACCACUACUAUGGCUAGGACUCCAUCCGAACGAACACAAAUCAUCAGCGAUCUCUCAGCUGCAAUGGAAAAAUGGCACUAUGAACUUGAGCAGGUAAGUUGA